UACAUCGAUUAUAAUCAUUCGACAUUCGCACCUUCUGUAAAUAUCGUUCACUCUUAUUUUUUUUACAUUUUUAUUGACAUUUUUUGACCUUUUGAGAAGGUCAAAGAGGUUAUAAUAAACAUUGCUAUAAUUUAAGAUAUUUCUUAGUUAUUGCUAAUCGUUGAACGAACAUCGUGUACAGGUUUUUACCCAUAUUUUUUUAUUAAAGGUUUAUCAUACAAGUACCAGAAAAAAUGUCUUUAUUCAAUGAAGUUGAAUUGGGUCCUCCAGUAGAAGUAUUUGCUCUAACUAAAGCAUUUAAUGAAGAUACUUAUGAUAAGAAAGUUAAUCUUGGAGUUGGAGCAUAUAGAACUGCCGAAGGCAAACCAUGGGUCCUUCCAGUUGUUAGAAUAGCCGAGAAAGCCUUAGCUAAUGAUGAAUCGUUAAACAAAGAAUACCUCCCAAUCUUAGGAUUGGAGGCAUUCAGUUCAGCAGCUACAACCAUGUUAUUAGGACAAGAUGCUGAAGUAGUUCGAGAAAACAAGGCUUUUGGUAUUCAAAGUCUAUCUGGCACAGGAGCAUUAAGAGUGGGAGCAGAAUUUCUUGCACGAGUAUUAGGAAAAAAGAUCUUUUACUAUUCUGAACCAACUUGGGAAAACCACAAGUUGCUUUUUAAAAAUGCAGGAUUCGAAGAAGGUCGUAGCUACCGUUAUUGGGACAAUGCCACACGUGGUUUUGAUUUUGCUGGUAUGAUGGAGGAUUUAAGAAAUGCUCCAAAAGAUUCUGUAAUAAUUUUACACGCUUGUGCCCACAAUCCCACAGGAACGGAUCCCACUCCAGAACAAUGGACUGAAAUCGCUGAAGUUAUUAAAGAGAGGCAAUUGUUCCCAUUCUUCGAUUGCGCUUACCAAGGCUUUGCUUCCGGUAAUUUGGUGAAAGAUGCAGCAGUUGUGAGAAAGUUUGCAGCUGAAGGGUUUGAAUUUUUCUGCGCUCAGAGUUUUGCCAAGAACUUCGGUCUUUAUAACGAGCGUGUUGGCAACUUGACUGUCGUAGUAAAUAAUGCUGAUUUAGUGCCUGCUGUUAAAUCACAACUUACUCUAGUAGUAAGAGGAAUGUACUCAAAUCCACCAAGUCACGGUGCUAAAAUUGUAGCUUAUGUACUCAACAAUCCCGAUUUGUAUAACCAGUGGCAAGAUCACAUUACCACUAUGUCUUCAAGAAUAAUUGAUAUGAGAAACCAGUUAAGAAACGCACUUGAGGAACUGCGAACCCCAGGGGAUUGGAGCCAUCUUACCAAACACAUUGGCAUGUUCUCGUAUACUGGAUUAAAUGAAAAACAAUCUGAACAUAUGGUGAAGAAGCACCAUGUAUACAUGUUACGUUCUGGAAGAAUCAGUAUGUGUGGUUUAAACAGUAACAACGUACAUUAUGUUGCUAAGGCUAUUUACGAAACUGUAACUUCACUGCCUAGUAAAAUCUAAUGAUCAAUGUGAGUAUUAGUUGCUAAAUAGUGAAUGUACAGAGUAAUAAAAUCAUUUCAUAAAGUGUUAAUUGUU